GUAUGUCAAAUUGACGUUUCAUAAGACUUAGUAAUAUUUCAGUGACUCAAAAUUUAUAUAAAAUUUAUUGUAUUUAAAUAACUUUCCAAUAUGUUUUGGUUGUCGGGCCCUGCAAGUGUGAACAACUACUACGAGUUCAUUGAACUACAACGAACAUUAGAAAGAGUAAUUUAAUCGGGCGGUGUAUGUGAUGUUGUGGGCGGUAGCGGCUGCUGUGCUAGCACUAGGUCUGGCGCCGUGCGUGGUGCAGCGCGCCUGCCCACCACGUACUCCGCGACCUCCUUCCUCCGUCUGUAUGCACCGACUACACGCGCAUCAGUGUUCAAAAAAAUGAGAAUAAACUGUUUCGCAGUCCUCCAGUCCUUUAUCUAACACGAAAUCCUAAAUAAGGUUCCCAUAAAAGCAGGGUGUGAUGUAUGAGCGCUUAUAUGGCCGUGUUGUGCGGAUUGCGCGCGAGUGCUCUUGCCGACGUUGCUGCGGGUGUCGCUGGUUGAUUUGUUGCUUCUAUUGCCGUUGUGCUUGUCAUCGCACCAGUGACUGAAAGACGAGACAUGGAGACCGCUCUGCUUUUCACGCUCUUAGUUCUUCAUCAGGUUGCCGGUGACUGCAAAAAUUGUGUGAAGCUAGAUAAAGAGCAAGAAGCAAUGUUUCGCGCACAUUCUGAUGCUUGUUUAGCGGAAGUCGGCGAAGGGAGAGCGGAUCUAAUAGUCGAUCUGAAAGGCAUGAAGGGUGGGCCUGCUGCUCGUAGUUAUAUUUACUGCGUACUCCAUCGUUGCAAGAUGGUCGGCAAAGAUGGGAAAAUGUUGAAGGCUGCUGUAAUAAGCAAACUUAUGCUAGGACGGAACUCAGCUAAGAAAAUCACCAAGGAGUUGGAGAGCUGUGUGGAGAAGACUGACGGCGAUAGACCAGAAGAUCAUGCAUGGGCUUUGUUUCGUUGUAGCUGGAACCAAAAAGGGAUACCUGGCGACUUCAUGCCGCAUCUGAUACCAGCUGAUGUCUAGUUUAAAAAUGUGCCCUUGUAUUUCUGUACAUUUUAUGUUACUACCACUUACUUUCGUUACUACUAUCAAUAAUAAAACAUUUUAGCAGGAAAAA